UACAGCACUGAGGCUGUUAUCCAUGAGAUUCAAAGAUUUGGAGAUGUUGUUCCGCUGGGAUUCCCUAAAAAAUCUGCUAAAGACACAACACUAGGAGGAUUCUUCAUUCCUAAGGGCACCUCUGUUUCAACAAACCUGUCUUCAGUCCUGCAUGAUCCAAAUGAAUGGGAGACACCAGACACCUUUAACCCAGGACACUUCCUGAAUGAAAAUGGCCAGUGUCGGAAAAGAGAAGCUUUUCUGCCUUUUUCAGCAGGUAAGCGAGCGUGUUUGGGAGAGCAGCUGGCUCGUCAGGUGAUCUUCCUCUUCUUCACCUCUCUGCUGCAGCAAUUCACCGUCACCAAAUGUCCAGGAGAGGAACCCAGUUUGGAGGGAGAGAUAUGGUUCACAUAUGCUCCUGCUCCAACCUGUAUGUAA